UGGCAGUUACGCGUGUGGUUGCGGACUUUGUAAGGUUACAAAUGUCGUUAUAGCGAUAACAGGCUGGUGUGUGUCAUGGUGGAAUGCGGUGAAAGUUGCCUUUGGGCUUUUUCGCGAUGAUUUUGUGUUAGGUUGGACUCUCACGUUGUUGGUGCUGAAAGGACAGUUCCGCUGUUUAAAUUGUAGGCUGUUUUUUUUUUCAAUGGGAUUUAAAUGGACUAAUGUCUGUUGCUUCUUUUAUAAUGAUUGUGUUAAUAAUUGCUCCACCUCGGCGCCUCGCAGCAUGUCUGUACUUUGCAACUUUAAUCAAAGAGACCACUAUUUCUAUUUCUAGCUGGUGUCAUUAUUUAUGACAGCAGUGCUUCUUACUCUUCACCUUGGUGAAGUCUGCUUAUGUAACUUUAUACGCAGUUUUCAAGCUUAUUUUAUCUGCAUAAUAUCUUGGCUGGAUAAAUGGAAUUGAAAUGUUACUGAAAAGAGGACAUGACAGCAAUAUCCAAAUGAAUGACCUCUUCUGUAGUCAUGCAGAUUACAAAAGCCUGAUUUUUGCACAACUUAAAUUCAAAGUAAAUUUCAAAAACAUAUGUAAAAACCUUAAUUAGAUUGUGUUCGACUGUUUAAGGAUUAGGUUAACACACAAAGACGAAGCGAUUGCAAGCCAGAUCCCUCUUGCAUGUGUACUUCCAUCGGCACCGGCGUGCUACACUUGCGCCAGUUUCUGCGGAGGAUCAUACGCCACAACAUUCAAUUAACGGAAGAAGACAAAGUCAUUGGGAAGGGGGUAUGUUUACGCUAGCGAGGAAACAAAUUAAAGAAAUAAGUCAGUACAAUGAAACCUUGGCUAGCGUAUGCCCCGGUUAAUGUGUUUUUUGGUUUAAUGUCGAAAAUUUACACCAAAAUGUUGCCUCUGUUUGCAUACAGUUUAAGUACGUACUAGCACCCUUAGUAGAAAACGAUGGAUAAAAGAUUGGAAAUUGUCUUUUUGGUGUGUACGAACUCACUAUUUGGCAAGGUAAAGCCACUGGUAAACACUGUGUUGAUCUAUUAUUAUUACUACCUGUUAAUUGUCUUAUCAUGGUGUCAGCAUGAACUGCUACAGUGUACAGAAUGAAUGUCAAAGUGGAUUAUUGUAAAAUCCAAGACGUGUCAUACAUUCAUACGGUGGAACCCAUAAUCAUCUGGGUAGGGCUGGGUAUCGUCUACAUAUUAUCUGAUACCGGUGCCAAAUAAGUACUUUUGAAACGGUGCGUGAAUCUGUACUUACAAAACAGAAAACAUACACAUUUUGUCUGAAAACAAUGCAUUUUAAUUUUGUGACAUGCAAGUUGAACAGAGAAAUUUAAGCACUUGAAUAAUAUAAAUUCUAUUAUGAUAUAAUACAUUCUGUUGUUUAAGUGCAUAUAUUUAUGAUACCAUGUUUUGAUGUGCAUCCCUACAUACAAAACUUGGAACCCAACACAGCAUGUAAGAUGGUAGCAAGCAAAAAGGUGACAUGGAAGCUGGCACAGAGUGGGGGAACUCUUGUACCUUGAGGAAUAAUCUGGCGUCUUCCUGGUUUGGACGAAGGGCUUAUAAAUGGUGUUAAUUGUCGAUUGAGUCCACUUGCCUCACUGCUACAUCCCCACUCACCAGACCAAACUGCUUGAAAAUGGAGCAGAAGACAGCAAAUGCCAGACAGAAACAGGAACUGACCAAAAUAAAAAAAUGGUGGAAUACAGACGAUGAUGUAUUGUAACUGGCGUGGAGUGAUCGCAGUACAGUCAGUUCUGUGACUUGGUGUGUUUGUGUCAGUGUUUGUCAAGCUCGCCAACCCCAUAAAAGCUACCGAAAGACAAAGAAAAAGCUAAAUGCAUGCAAAGUUAUUCCUUUGAUGCUUGCUGAACGAAGCUCUUGUCGACCUGUCAUUUGAAUGGCCUCACUUACCCCUAGUUUGGGUGGAAAUGUGGAAUUUUCUGCAAGUCAGUCCAUCAGCUUUGAUGUCUCUUCGCAGACAGUUGCAGCUGUGAAAUGACAGCAGUUGUUGUUACCAGUGGGAGGCUCAGUCCUGCGUCUUACAUACAGUAUUUGAGGCGCUACAAAACAUAUUCAGCUACUCAUAUCCAACUGGACCGGACAAAUACAAGAGAUGGACAAAGGUGGUGAGCGUAGCUGUGGAGUACAUGAAUUGAUCUGCGUCAGAAAAGUCUCUCCCGAGGUGCUGGGGUUUUUGACAGCCAUCGGACUCUUCAUCACACUCAUGACUCUCCUCUUCUGGUACCUCAACAACAAGUCCAUGCUUGAGAAUGCAGGGAGCCUUCAGUGCCUCGAUGACUUCAGGAAAAAUACAGAGUUACAAGAAAAGGUUUAUGCUGAUGGUGACCAGGAGGGCUCAUCAUCAGACAGCGAGGAUGAACUGAUGGGUCAGUAUCAAGAAGCAGUCAGUCGAGCCCAAGGUCUCAGAGGAGCCAUUGCGUCCACUAAUGUCAAACAUGCGGGAAGAUUCAGGUGGGAAAGACGACAGAAGUACAGUCCCCUGACGGCGGAAUACGACGGCUACUGCAGUGAUGCUUCAGCUGAUGAUGCCAACUGCAUUCAGAGAAUGAGGCGGACACCCCCUCUGGACGAACUCCAACCGCCGCCCUACCAGGAUGAGAAUGGUUCUCCACGGAUGUCUUGCACACUGUCAGACCUGGGUGAUGCCAAGUGUGAUCUCUCCCAGACCAGUGGCAGCCCCCACCUUUCCUUCCACAAAUGCACUAGUGAGGGAAGUGAUGGCCAUGAGACAGAAAGUUAUCUCAACAAGGGCUACGAGGAGGACGUGCCCAGCGACAGCACAGCAGUCCUCAGCCCAGAGGAGAUGUCAGCUCGUGGUUCAGCAGCACAGCUCCUUAAAGGCUAUGAACCAGAUCCAGUUGCGAAGUACGGCACUCUCGAUGUAGUGUUUGACUAUGAUCCAGAGGAGCAGCAGCUGGCGGUGACCAUCAUGGCGGUUACAGACCUCCCCAUUCUAAAGCACACUGGCAACAUCUCCUGGCAAGUCCACCUGGUGCUGCUGCCCUCCAAAAAGCAGAGAGCAAAGACAGGAAUUCAAAGAGGCCCGUGCCCUCUUUUCACAGAGACCUUUCACUUCUGCCACAUGGAGUCUGAGAUGAUCGGCAACUACGCCAUUAGAUUUCGCCUUUACAGCAUGCGGCGGAUGAAGAAGGAAAAAGUACUCGGGGAAAAUGUGUUUUAUCUCACCAAGCUCAACCUUCAGGGAAAAAUGUCUGUGCCGGUCAUAUUGGACCCAUGCUGCACAUAUCCAGGUGCUGAAUCCCAGAUCAGUCUGUCAGAUAUGACAUGCAGUGAAAGCGCCUUGUCGUUUCCGUCAGUAAGUCAGACUUCCACACCUGAGAUCCUGGUGGGUCUGGCGUACAAUGCCACAACAGGACGUCUUUCAGUAGAGGUCAUUAAAGGCAUCCAUUUUAAGAACCUUGCUGCCAAUAAGCCACCCACUGCCCAACCCUUGUUGUCAGAUGGGCUGUUCUGUUGCCUAAAACACUUGAUAGGUGGACAGGUUUAUAUUAUCAGAGACACAUAUGUUAAGCUGACCUUACUGAACUCCAUGGGCCAUGAGAUGUCCAAGUGUAAAACGUCUAUCUGCCGAGGCCAGCCCAACCCGACCUACAAAGAGACGUUUGUCUUCCAGGUAGCCCUUUUCCAGCUAUCGGAUGUCACGCUCAUCCUCUCUGUCUACAACAAGCGCAGUAUGAAACGUAAGGAGAUGAUUGGCUGGAUCUCUCUUGGGCUGAACAGCUCUGGGGAGGAAGAGCUCACCCACUGGACACUGAUGAAAGAGUCUAAAGGACAGCAGGUUUGCCGCUGGCACAGUCUGUUAGAAUCCUAACAGCACCACAAAGGUACACAGUAUGACCACAAACGUCAUACAUGCUGUUAUCUCAGCUGGGUGAAAACAUUUGAAUUUGUGUCCUCAGAACCAGGGUGGUGGUGAUGAAGCUGAGGGAGCCAUAUGUACACACCAGGGAAGGUUUAUCAUUGAAUAGGCUAAAGAUAGUAACAGCGUACAAACACUAGGCCAACCGCAACAUGUCUUGGCCCUCUUUACACCUAAAAAUGCAUCAACUAAAGUGACAAGUGUGCGAGCGCACUAAACUGCUCUGGCACAAUAGGAAGAAGUAAUACGAGGCAUGGCACAAUUCUAUGCAUAUGCACACACCUACACGCAACAUAGCUGCAUCAUAGAAUGAAUGUAAUGUGAUCCUCACAGGUUGUUGAUAAUCAACACAAUUCAUAAUCGAAAAAAAAUAGAAAGAGUCAAAAUGAUCUAAAAGUCAAACCCACAGCACAUUCACUCACCCUUGACUACAUGUGUAAACGUAAUAGAGACUAUUGUCAAAGUCAUUUCAUUAAUGUGAUCCCGUGUAAGUAAUUAAUGACCUUCCACACUACAAAUAGUAAGAAGAACUGAAAACAUACUGACUGGAAACAUAAAAAAGCACAAAGAAGUGAUGGGAGAAGCAAAUGGGCCAUGGCUUGAAUGCUCAGUGUGAGCGAAGGACCAGGAGAAGGAACGCAAAUAGCACCCAAACCUAGCACGGCACGAAUGGCUUAGUGUGUGUAAAUCAUCGGGGGUCAUUGAUGAGGUAUAUCAUGCAUUUUAAAUUGUCUUCAUCUGAUUUAUAUUUUUAUUUUUUUACAUUUCUGUACCUGUUUAACUUGUUCCGCGAAGAAGGCUUACCUGGAUAGUUGUAACUCAAAUUGGUAAAAUUGUGUAUCCACAUAUCGAACAAUAACUUGGUAUACUUGAAUGUUUACACUAACUGUUGUUUAGCCACAUUUGCAUGGUUUAAGAAAUUGCGUCGAAACCUCUCAGAUUGAACACAAUCCCUUUCGGGAACACCGGUCAACCACCUGUUUGUUAGGGUUUACAAUUUAUCCAUGCAAAAUGAAGGAAAUUAAAUUAAUCUGAUCCUGCAUCAAACUGUCGUCUUUAUGAAACAUUUCUAAACUGUGCAAGGAAUGUUUCAAGAAAAAUCUUAAUGUUCCUAACUGCCAAGCAUAAAAAAUAAGUGUAUUGCUGUAAAUAUAUAAACAGUCAAUUGUGUACUUAUCUUUGACAAUGAACGAUGGAUGCAGAGGAAGUGCAGGGGAAGAAUACCGCCUUGUUUGAUUGCCGGGGUUUUGAGCGAUUUAACAGGCAUAUUCCUGAAAAUUUAAGUCAAACUCUGAAUGACUGCCUGAAUGUUGAAUGAAUGUUACCCUAUAUUUGAUGAUCCCAGUACUGGCUCUAGAUAGUUUAGGAUAAUAAUUAAUAGGGAAUAUAUUUAGGAAUUUAAAAUAAUAAAUAGGAAAUUCCAAUUUGGAUGAGCAUAUAAAAAGUAAAUGGUUUACUGGAGUUGCUACCCUGCUACACUAGUGUCAUGUUACACAGUGGAACCCUUUUAAGUCGACCCUAUUUAUGUCAACCUGCCCAUGUUGACCAACUCAUCAAGUCCUGGUCCACCGUGUUCUUCUUAUUACUAAAAAAAAAAUGCCUACUUAAACUGACAUCGGCAUCUGUGGUCGACAGAUUUUGUCGACAGUGUUGUGGGAAAAACACCAGGUACAAGGACAUGUGUUUCCUUACAGUUCGAAGACAUGGGAAGAUGCAAUGGAGGAACUCGUUUUUGAGAUAGAAGGCCCCUAGUCUUGAAAAUUUCAUCAUAAUAUUGCAGUUGGGACAUUCCAUAGAAUCCGUGCCAUUUACUUGUUACUCUCUUAAAAUAAAAUGAAAAUAAACAUGUCUUAUUUCAACUCUUAAUCUGAUAAUACACAUAUUGAACUACUCAAACUGUGUAACUUCCAAAGGCAAAAUAACUUUCACGUAACAGGACAGAAACUAUCAGGAGGGAGUUUUUAGCAUAGAAUUAGCAAAUACAUCAAAUAUAGCCUCAUGGCAUUUAUGUUAAUAGCAUGUUGACACUAAGCACAUUAUAGUGAUUCAACACAAAAUUGUAUUAGAAAAAUAAACAAAUAACAAAAAAUAAUUUAGGUUACAGGACCAUGCCAACAUUUUAACAUUUCUCAUGCAGGGGUGGUCAACUUUCACCAGUAUUAGAUCUAUUGUGACAAAAAGAAAGGAGAGGUGAGCUACUCAAUCAGCUGUGAGCUACUGGUAGCUCCCAAGCUACUGGUUGGAGACCCCUGCAAAACUACAGUAAUAUUGGUAAAACGCAUAUGGAAUACAGUGGUGUAAAAAAGUGUUUGCCCCCUUCCUGAUUUCUUUUUUUUUUCUGCAUGUUUAUCACACUGAAACGUUGCAAAUCAUCAAACAAAAACAUAUUAGUCAAUAACAACACAAAUGAACACAAAAUGCAGUUUUUAAAUGAAACUUUUUAUUAUUAAGGGAGAAAAAAAAUCCAAACCUACAUGACCCUGUGUGAAAAAGUGAUUGCCCCCAAAACCGAAUAACUGGUUGGGCCUUAGCAGCAACAACUGCAAUCAAGCGAUAACUUGCAAUGAAACUCUUUACAGCGCUGUGGACGUAUUUUGGCCCACUCAUCUUUGCAGAAUUGUUGGAAUUCAGCCACAUUGGGGGAGGGUUUCCAGUAUGAACUGCCCUUUUAAGGUCAUGCCACAGCAUCUCAAUAGGAUUCAGGUCAGGACUUUGACUAGGCCACUCCAGAGUCUUCAUUUUGUUUUUCUUCAGCCAUUCAGAGGUGGACUUGCUGCUGUGUUUUGGAUCAUUGUCCUGCUGCAGAACCUAAGUUGGUUUCAAUUUGAGGUCACGAACAGAUGGCCGGACAUUCUCCUUCAGGAUGUUUUGGUAGACAGCAGAAUUUAUAGUUCCAUUUAUCACAGCAAGUCUUCCAGGUCCUGAAGCAGCCAAACAGCCCCAGACCAUCACACUACCACCACCAUAUUUUACUGCUGGUAUGAUGUUAUUUUUCUGAAAUACGCCGUUACUUUUACACCAGAUGUAAUGGAACACAGUUCAACUUUUGACUCGUCAGACCACAGAGUUCCCAAAGGUCUUGGGGAUCCUCAAGGUGUUUUCUGGCAAAAGCCUUAAUGUUCUUUUUGUUCAGUAGUGGUUUUCGUCUUGGAACUCUGCCAUGCAGGCCGUUUUUGCCCAGUGUCUUUCUUAUGAUGGCGUCAUGAACACUGACCUUAACUGAGGCAAGUGAGGCCUGCAGUUCUUUGGUUGUUGUUGUGGGGUCUUUUAUGACCCCUUGGAUGAGACGUCACUGUGCUCUUGGGGUCAUUUUGGUUGGCCGGCCACUCCCAGGAAGGUUCACCACUGUUCCAUAUUUUUGCGAUUUGUGGAUAAUGGCUCUCAUUGUGGUUCGCUUGUGUCCCAAAGCUGUAGAAAUGGCUUUUUAACCUUUUCCAGACUGAUCGAUCUCAAUUAUCAAUAUUAUGUUUUAACGAGGGGGAUAAUCAGUUUUUCACACAGGGCCAUUUUUUUUCUCCCUUAAUAAUCACAAGUUUCCUUUAAAAACUGCAUUACGUGUUCAGUUGUGUUGUCAUUGACUAAUAUUUAAAUUUGUUUGAUGAUCUGAAACAUUGAAGUGGGACAAACAU